UGUCAGAGCUGGACAGGAAGUCACUUUGCCUUGUGAAGAUGUGAUAGACGAUCAGCAAAACUGUGACAGUACAAUAUGGAAAUUCAGUGAUUCAAGUCAGAGAGCAUCAGUAGAGCUGAUUAGACUUGGACAGAUUGUUGAGAACUCUAAAUCAGACGGACUGAGUGUUACACAGAACUGUUCUCUGGUCAUAAAGAAGCUCACACAUGAAGAUGCUGGAGGUUAUGAAUGUCAACAAUACAAACCAGGACGAAGACAAAUACUAGAAUCAGUCUCUGGGGUUGAUCUGUCUGUUGUUACCAUGACUGAACACAAGAUCAAUGAUCAGGUGGUGUGGUCCUGCUCUGUGUCGACAUAUGAAUGGUGUGCACACACAGUGAAGUGGCUGUUUGAGGGUAAAGAUGUGGAUGAACAUCACAAAGAUCUGCAGACAUCACAGUCUGACUGCUCUGCCUCUGUGACCUUUACGACUUCUCAUUUCAUUCACACAUCAAACUCUGACUUACUGACGUGUGAAGUGACUGAUGGUUACAAAGUGCAGCUGUUUCCCUUCAGACUUCAGCCCUCAGGUGAGGAACCAGGUGACACGACAACAAAACCAAGACCAGAACCCACAACCAAACCACCAACAGCAACAACCAAAACACCAACAGCAACAGCAACAACUGAGAGCAGCAUAAAAAGAGGAACCAUCACGACAGCGCCUGCAAAAAAUGGAUCAGCAAAUCUUAAAGGUCAUUGGCUGUGGUGGAUCAUCGCUGUGUCGUUGGUUGCUGCAGUGUUCAUCAUCAUCGUGGUGGUGGUCAUCAUCAGAGCUGAAGGGAAGAAGACGCAGACGGACGAAGACGUGGCUGAUCCUGAAGGUGGUGUUUCCUACGCCUCCGUCAACUUCACCCAGAGGCCCGGCGGUAAAGCCCGGGUUCAGGGUGGAGAUGAUGAUGAAGAUGAUGAAGCAGUGACCUACACCACCGUGAAAGCUCCGUCUUCUUCUUCUGCUGCUGCUGCUGGAGCCUCUGCUGAUGCCAACGCCCUCUACGCCACCGUCAACAAACCAAGAUAGAUAGAUAGAUAGAUAAAUAGAUAGAUAGAUAGAUAGAUAGAUAGAUAGAUAGAUAGAUAGAUAGAUAGAUAGAUAGAUAGAUGUAGACUUAGCUUUGCUUCUGUUAUUAUAUUAUCUCAGUUAUAUUAUUAUAAUCUUUGACAUCCAAGUUAUUGUUGUUAGAUUCAUGUUGUAUUGCUGUAUAUUUUUGAUAUAACCUCUUACACCUGUCAUUACUAAUUCUUCUAGUUUAGAUCGAGCUUUACAGAUAUUUUCUGAAAUGUAUAAAAGUAAAUGCUCGUGUGAUAUAUAUUAACCGCUGGUGUGUGCGUGUGUUACAUCCUGCGUCCAUCGUAGAUGGUCAAAAAAUCUGGAUUUGUUGGAAUUUUAGUGGCUCUACAAAAACAGUUUGACGGUGUCGUGUCUGCCGAGGUCGGUCUGUGGAUGCUCGUUAACUCGUCUUGACUUGUCUUAAUUACGACUCGAAUUACGACUUUAUUCAAAGAAAGAAGUGAGUUUGGGAUGCAUCCCCUGAUCAGAUCUCUUCAUGCCGAAUUCCAAACUGUUGUCUAAAUUGUUGUACCCUUCUUCUCCCGGGCUUUUAUACUUACAGGAAAAACAUGAAUAAACAUUCUGAAAAUGUCUUUUUAAGGAACCAAAUUCCGUCAUCGUCUGUCCUAACUUACUUUACCACAUCUGUUUCAUUACCAAGCAGUGACUGGACCAAAAACAAUAAUUUUUUAUUUUAUCAUCGUUUAUUUUUAUAUUGAUAACUGAUGAUUCAUGUUUGACUGUGUUUUUGUUUUAUGGUAAUUUUCAUGAUUUAUUGCUGUAAGAAGUAUUU